AUGGAGCAGCUGGGAGCUGCUUGGCCCACCUUUGGACUGAUAGGUUCCAAGAAGGCAUGUGCUCCGAGGGCUGAGCUGAUCCUGAAGCUCGGCCUUCGCGAUGCAUCGCAGUCGAGUCGACAGGAGGCUGCAACGGCGAUAUCCAUCCAGGCACGCAUCGCCUCAUUGCAGCAUUCCUUGACGAUUUGGUUCAACCACUUCGUUUCCGGCCAGUUGGGGCGCGAUCCAUGGUUGGUGCCCCCUCCCGACGAUCUUCGUGCAGCUCUGGACGCGGAGAGGACUUCCGAAGCGUCGGAUGCAGACAGCAGCUGCUCCGACGAUUUCAACCUGGGCGGUGAAGUGGCGCUGGAAAAUGGUAAUGGUUCAUUCUUGAUGGCAUGGGCAAACGAGCAAUGUCGGGUAAGCAAAAUGUUCGUCAGCAUCACCAGAGUCGCAGCAGCCACUGCUGAUAAAGAGGCAGAAAGAGGACACUCGACGAAUCGGCUAUGA